GCCCUGAUUUUUGCAAUGCUUUCGCAAUGCGAUCGGACGGGGUGUUUGCCCAAUCAGGUUGAAGUCAAUGGCACAUGCCCAGCCAUCCUCUCUGACCUUCAGCCAGGCUGCAAAUACAGCUAUCAAAGUACACCUCACCCCAGAUCUGUGCUACAUGACUGGCUGCUGCUACUGGCAAGUUCUUUGGUUGGUAAUAGUUCACGGUUUCAGUUGUCUGCUGGAUCUCACACUAUGGGUAUUGUCAGGGGACUUGUCUUCAUCUUGUUCAUUUAUCACAUCAGUGACGCAAAGAGGCUUUUGGUGUACAAAACUGACACAAAAGAUAAAUCUCAACCAAUUCCGAAACAAAAAGUUAAUUAUGUCCCAAAAUCCAAGUUCCGCUUGUACACCAGCGGCGAUGCCAUGGACGAUACUUGUAUGAUCCUGCCCUUCGACUCUGGGACCCUGGACCAGUGCAGCUUCAACAGCACUGCCCCCCUGGUCAUCAUUGUCCAUGGGUGGUCGGUGGAUGGGAUGCUGGAGAGCUGGGUGAUGAAGCUGGCAGCGGCCCUGAAGUCAAAGCUGAGGUACAGCAAUGUGGUCAUCUCUGAUUGGCUCUCCCUUGCUCAUCAGCACUAUGCGAUAGCAGUGCAGAACACACGGCUGGUCGGCCAGGAGAUCGCAGACUUGUUGGAAUGGCUGGAGGAGUCCCACCAGUUUUCUACAGAGAAUGUUCACUUGAUCGGGUACAGCCUUGGCGCUCAUGUCUCAGGAUUUGCUGGUAGUUAUGUCAGUGGCUCCAGGAAGAUUGGAAGAAUUACAGGCCUGGACCCUGCAGGUCCCCUAUUUGAAGGAAUGUCGUACACUGACCGGCUGUCUCCUGAGGAUGCCAACUUUGUUGAUGCCAUUCACACCUUCACGCAACAGCACAUGGGUCUGAGUGUGGGGAUCAAGCAGCCGGUCGCCCAUUAUGACUUCUAUCCAAAUGGAGGCACCUUCCAACCUGGCUGUCACAUCAAGAAUUUAUAUGAUCAUCUGUCUCAAUAUGGACUGUCAGGUUUUCAACAGAGUGUGAAAUGUGCACACGAGAGAUCUGUGCACCUGUUUAUUGACUCGUUGUUGAACGAUGACAAGCAGAGUGUGGCCUACUGGUGCAACGACAACAACUCCUUUGACAAGGGCAUCUGCCUGGACUGCCGCAAGAACCGUUGCAACACGCUGGGCUACAACAUCAAGAAGGUCCGAACCGGAACCAGCAAAAGACUCUAUCUAAAGACGCGCUCCCACAUGCCUUACAAAGUCUAUCACUACCAGUUCAAGAUCCAAUUCAUCAACCAAAUUGAGCAGCUGGAACCCAUGCUUACUAUCUCUCUGAUGGGUACAAAAGAUGAUGUUCAAAACUUGCCAAUCACUCUAGUUGAGGAAAUAACUGGCAACAAAACGUACACUUUCCUAAUCACCCUGGACACAGACAUCGGUGACCUGAUGGUUCUCACGUUUAAAUGGGAAGGCUCUGCAGUUUGGGCCAACUUCUGGAACAAGGUCCAGACUAUCAUGCCUUGGAGAAAAGGGAGGAAGGACCCGGAGCUCAAUGUGGGGAGAAUCCAGGUCAAGGCUGGUGAAACACAGAAAAAGACCUCAUUCUGCUCUCAGAGCGACGACAGCAUGCAUAUACUGCUGACUCAAGAGAAAACCUUUGUGAGGUGCGAGAGAAACAGCAACAGGGGGAAGAAGAAGAAAAUCACACUUGCAUGAUGAAACUCUGUUACACUUGGUGACUGGGAAAUAUUACAAUUAAAACUUUUAUGGAACUCCUUUUAUUAUUAUUAUUAUUAUUAUUAUUAUUAUUAUAAAGGUUACUGUUACUUCUCGGGGCAUUCUGUCUUAGGAUAUAAAUGUAUUUUGUGGAUAGUUAUAUGUUGAGGUUCUCUGGUAAUAGCUGAAACAGCAGAUUUGGCUGAACAUUCUCAAGGCUGGCUGCUCGUGGAUUGCCCGGUCCAAGUUCUUUCAUCAGUUCAUUCGCUUUUCAUAGAUGCAGGUUCCUUUUUCCUGGCCUGCAAGUUUUGAUCCGCCAUGCCCUUCCACUGAACCACUAUCUGUUCUGGCUAUUGCUACACAUCCCAAAUACAAGAGCAUUAUUAUCGAACCGCUUUGAAUCGAGCAAUUCUUUGAUUGCAGUUAACUUGGAUGUGUCUAGAAUGGUGCGAAAUGUUUACACAACAUAUCUUAAUUUUUGUCCUGUAAUUCAGUAAUUUCCAAAGCAUUUUAAUGUCAUUGGGGUAAUUCCUGCUGGUCUUUUAAAUAUGAUGUUGCAGUUCUAGAGAAAUAGGAGACCCACACCCUUACAGAUCAGAGUGGGCUACUCCACAGCAAUUAGAGGAGCAAACUCCACCUUGAAUGAAAUGUUUAAUGAGGAGAUUUAAUGAGGAGUGUUUUUUUAAAAAGACAUAUAACUGUAUGUAUUGCAGUAUUAGAAAUACUAUGCCCAAUAAAGUUUUUUUUAUUAUUAUUAUUUAAAUGUGUAUUUUGUUUCAUUCAAUUAGGAUGGGUUGGAACCCCUUAAAUGGAUACAAAUAGCUGAACUAAAGUUUGCCCCUCCCAUUAUUAUGUUCUUCAAUGCAAGUAAACCUGUCUACUGAACACAAGCCCAUACAAAAUCAAGAUGCAGCACUAUACUACUUCCACAGGGAGAGUUCAGAACCCAGUCAGAGACAGGCAGACAUUUGAUGCAAGUCUGUCAUAUAAUUUCCUUACAGUUAAGAACAUAUUAUCCAGCUCUUUAGACAAUCUGAGCUUAUUAAAAUGUCAAUAAAAUAAUUUAUUUAAAAACGCAAAGUUGAUAUUCCCACCACAGACAGAUUGUAAUUCUCAGCCAGCUCAUAUAAAAGUUAGUAUUUUCACUGUCCAGGUUAUAGUCAGACAGGGAAAACAGUGGAAAAAGAGAGUCCACUAGAUGGCUUAACAUCACUGUGUAUAACAAGUCUACAUGGCAAGCAAGGUUCAGGGUGGCGGAUGACUUUUUUUCUCAUAGUAGUAAAAAGUGGUGACAAUCAUAACGGUGAUGGAAGGGAAUGUACUGUAGGAAGAGGAAAAGAACUAGAACACAGGUCUUUUCAGCUUCUGUUAUUUUACCAAUCUGAACACAAAGCUUAGCUCUAAUCUGAUUUCUCCUAUUCAUGCUAAUUGGUUUAUUUAUUCAGUUUUUCUUCCCAAUUUGAAAUCUUCAAUUUGAAUGCCCCGCCCCCAUGAAGCCAAUUACCAAGUCUGAGAAGUCCCUGCAUGGACUCAUUGGUCACUUGACCAGUUGUGAUCGCUGAAUCUCCACGCGUUGAAUUAGCCAAGGAGCCCAAAGACCAAAGCAGUUCUUUUGAGCUUCCAGGCAAGACUGUGAAGUUGGCAGGAGCAGGAUUCAAACCACACUCGCCCAGCGCUUCAAGCAGUGUUGCUUUAACUAGGUGAGAAUCAACUCGGUGCACCAUAAACUCUAGCACUGAAAGCCUGGAUCACCUGCUGCUGAACAAAUGCCCACCAAAACCAUUUUGAUCAAGUCUAUUUUAUUAAUGCAUUUCAAGUACUUCAAAAACAAAAAAAACCUUACAUAUUCUUUUGCACAAUACUUUUUGUAACUUUAGUAAAAAUUUCCAAAGUGAACAAAGAAAAAAAAGAGAAAAGAAAGAUACUGUAUAAAACACAGCGGACAAUAAAAACCGGACAGUAGUAUUAGAUUUUUUUUUUCUUCUUGUGAUUUCAGUUAACAUCACCUACCACAUUUCAUCUCAAACUGGACAGUUCAGUGCACGUUUCUUUCAGCAAAGACUUUAUUCUACGGAGACUUAAUAAAAAUAAAACCCAAAGGCAGUUCACAUCUGCCAGAACCCUACCACAGAAGAAUACAAAUGGCAAAAAAAAAAAAAAAAAAAAACAGAAUUACAAGUUCUGUAAUGCCUCACACUCAACAGGUUUACUAAUGGCCCAUUCUGGGGUAAAUAGAAAGUUUUAUUAUCAACCACAAACCCAUUUCAACCUGCACAAACAGAUACAUCUUAAAUUUAAAAAAUGGACGCUGUGUUUUUCUUUUAACUCCAAAUACACGUUCAUUUGAAAUGUUAUUUAGUACAAGACUGUCUGGUUUUCAUAUACAAAAUCUGCCUCUAUAUGGUUAUAUAUAUAUAUAUAAUAUAUAUAUAUAUAUAUAUAUAUAUAUAUAUAUAUAUAUAU